AUGCUUUCCCUUCUUGGUCUUGUCCAAGUAGCUGGUGCAAGCCUUACAGCUUUGAAUGCAGGUAUUGGGCAAAAGGCUCACUUAAGUACGAGCUCCGAGUGGAACGCGGAUCCAAGCGCAUCAGCACUAUAUCAUGCCUAUAACCUGUCCGUUCCAAUUGAUCACUUUCACAAUCAAUCAAGAUACGAACCACAUAGCAAUGGCACGUUUCCCCUUCGAUACUGGUUUGAUGCCAGUCAUUAUGAAGCUGGGGGUCCAGUAUUUGUCCUAGAAGGCGGCGAGACAUCCGGCGAAGAUCGACUGCCCUUUCUUCAGAAAGGACUCAUUGCCCAGCUGGCACAAAUAACAAAUGGGAUUGCCGUGGUCCUUGAGCAUCGUUACUAUGGAACAAGUAUCCCGACUGCAGAUUUUUCAACGGAGAGCCUGCGCUUCCUGUCAACGGAACAAGCGCUUGCCGACGUGGCUUUCUUUGCCCAGAAUAUCGUAUUCCCAGGACUUGAGAACCAGAGUAUCACAUCAGAUGAUGUUCCGUAUAUCGCAUACGGAGGUUCCUAUGCCGGUGCAAUGGUCGCCUUUCUCCGCGUUGUCUAUCCCGACAUUUUCUUUGGCGCCAUUGCGUCUUCGGCGGUUACAGAGGCCAUCGUUGACUACUGGCAAUACUGGGAGCUGAUAAGACAGCAUGCCCCACAAGACUGCGUCCAUACUAUUGAAAAAUUCACCGGUAUCCUUGACAAUCUCAUGCCUAAUGCAAGCGCCAUUGAGGAGUUGGAGAGUCUAUUUGGCCUUCAGAAUAUCAGCUACGCUGAUGAUUUCGCGAAUGUCUUGAGCUACCCUUUAUCGACAUGGCAGAAUAGAAACUGGGACCCCGCCGUCGACGACCCUACAUUUUUUGAGUAUUGUGGCAAUAUCACGGUUUCAACGUCCCUUUUAUACGAUGGCAUUACUAGCGAUAAAUUAGACAAAGCAUCUGAAUUAAUCACUGCAGCAGGAUACGGCAAUGAAUCGAUUGAACUAAGCAAUCAGCUUCUAAACUAUGUUGGUUGGCUCAACGAGACAGUAUUAUGGGCCUGUAUUGGCAAGGGACAGAGCGCGGAUUCAUGCUUCUCGACCCACGACGCAACAUCCUAUGAGCAGGAUGAUUUAACUCAGGAUUGGAGAUUAUGGGAGUACCAAGUCUGCACUGACUUUUCGCACAGAUGGGGCUACUUCGCCACAGGUAGUGGAACACCUUCAGAUAAGCCGGCAAUGAUAUCAAGGACGAUCGACAUUGGUUAUCUGAGCUUACCAUGCAAAUACGCGUUCAACAUCACAUCGCUACCGGAGACGGACGAAUGGAUUAACAACAAGUACGGCGGAUUUGAGAUUGAUUACCCGCGUCUCGCUUUUGUAGGUGGCCAGGCCGAUCCCUGGCGAGAAGCGACGCCCUUGGCAGAUAUUGCUCCAGUGAGACAGAAUACAGUUGACAGGCCGUUUGUGGAGAUAGAGGGGGGCGUUCAUCAUUGGGAUGAAAAUGGCCUAUUUCCUAAUGAGACGACUUCCUCUCUCCCACCGAACCCAGUGGCGGAGACUCAGAGCUAUGAGCAUGAAUUCGUGAAAGCGUGGCUUAAGGCAACAUAG